GUGGAGCUGCUGACACAAACGGUCAUUAGCAGAUGACCCUUUUGUAACAAACUAUGCUUUAAAAUGUAAACUGUGGGGCAUUCUCCUUGCAUUGUCCAGAAGAAACUUUCUCCUGCCUGAGCCUGGAUUAAUCAUGAGAGAGCUCGUCAACAUUCCACUGGUACAUAUUCUUACCCUGGUUGCCUUCAGCGGGACUGAGAAACUUCCAAAAGCUCCUGUCAUCACCACUCCUCUUGAAACAGUGGAUGCCUUAGUUGAAGAAGUGGCUACUUUCAUGUGUGCAGUGGAAUCUUAUCCCCAGCCUGAAAUUUCCUGGACUAGGAAUAAAAUUCUCAUCAAGCUCUUCGACACCCGGUACAGCAUUCGGGAGAACGGGCAGCUCCUCACCAUCCUGAGUGUGGAAGAUAGUGACGACGGCAUUUACUGCUGCAUCGCUGACAAUGGCGUGGGAGGAGCUGCGGAGAGCUGCGGGGCUCUGCAAGUGAAGAUGAAACCGAAAAUAACUCGUCCUCCCAUAAAUGUAAAAAUCAUAGAAGGAUUAAAGGCAGUUCUACCAUGUACUACAAUGGGCAAUCCCAAACCAUCGGUGUCAUGGAUUAAAGGAGAUAGUGCUCUCAGGGAAAAUUCCCGCAUUGCAGUUCUUGAAUCUGGGAGUUUAAGGAUUCAUAAUGUGCAAAAGGAAGAUGCAGGACAUUAUCGAUGUGUGGCAAAAAACAGCCUCGGGACGGCAUAUUCCAAAUUGGUGAAGCUGGAAGUUGAGGUUUUUGCCAGAAUCCUGCGGGCUCCUGAAUCCCACAAUGUCACCUUUGGCUCCUUUGUGACCCUGCGUUGUACGGCAACAGGCAUCCCUGUCCCCACCAUCACCUGGAUUGAGAACGGAAAUGCUGUUUCUUCUGGGUCCAUUCAAGAAAGUGUGAAAGACCGAGUGAUUGACUCAAGACUGCAGCUGUUUAUCACCAAGCCUGGACUCUACACAUGCAUAGCUACUAAUAAGCAUGGAGAGAAAUUCACUACUUCAAAGGCUGCAGCCACUGUCAGUAUAGGAGAAUGGAGUAAACCACAGAAAGAUAACAAAGGCUACUGCGCCCAGUACAGAGGGGAGGUGUGUAACACUGUCCUGGCAAACGGUGCUCUUGUUUUCUUCAACAACUCCUACGCGGACCCUGAGGAGGCCCAAGAACUACUCGCGCACACCGCCUGGAGUGAACUGAGAGCAGUGAGCCCGUUCUGCCGGCCAGCUGCGGAGGCUUUGCUGUGUAACCACAUUUUCCAAGAAUGCAACCCUGGGGUGGUACCUACUCCUAUACCCAUUUGCAGAGAAUACUGCCUGGGGGUGAAGGAGCUCUUCUGUGCAAAAGAAUGGCUGGCUCUGGAAGAGAAGACCCACAGGGGACUCUACAGACCUGGGCUGCAUCUGCUCUCGGUGCUCGACUGCAGCAAGCUCCCCAGCAUGCACUGGGACCCGCGGGCCUGCACCAGACUGCCAUAUUUAGAUUUUAAAAAAGAAAACCUAACAACAUUCCCAUCAAUGACGUCCUCAAAGCCGAGUGUGGACAUUCCAAAUUUGCCUUCCUCCUCCUCCUCCUCUUCUGUCUCACCUGCAUAUUCCAUGACUGUAAUCAUCUCUAUCAUGUCCAGCUUUGCAGUAUUUGCGCUUCUUACCAUAACCACUCUUUAUUGCUGCCGAAGGCGAAAACAAUGGAAAAAUAAGAAAAGAGAAUCAGCAGCAGUGACCCUGACUACUCUUCCGUCUGAGCUCCUGCUGGACAGACUGCAUCCUAACCCCAUGUACCAGAGGAUGCCACUCCUUCUGAAUCCCAAAUUGCUCAGCCUGGAGUAUCCAAGGAAUAAUAUUGAAUAUGUGAGGGAUAUUGGAGAAGGAGCAUUUGGAAGGGUCUUUCAAGCAAGGGCUCCAGGCUUACUCCCCCACGAACCGUCCACCAUGGUGGCAGUGAAGAUGCUCAAAGAAGAGGCUUCAGCUGACAUGCAAGCCGACUUUCAGCGGGAGGCGGCCCUCAUGGCGGAAUUUGACAAUCCUAACAUUGUGAAACUCUUAGGUGUGUGUGCCGUGGGGAAACCCAUGUGCCUGCUCUUUGAAUACAUGGCCUAUGGCGACCUCAACGAGUUCCUCCGCAGCAUGUCGCCUCACACAGCGCGCAGCCUCAGUCACAGCGACCUGUCCCCAAGGGAACACAUCUCCAGCCCUGGGCCCCCGCCCCUCUCCUGCGCUGAGCAGCUUUGCAUAGCCAGGCAGGUAGCAGCUGGCAUGGCUUACCUCUCAGAGCGCAAGUUUGUCCACCGGGAUUUAGCCACCAGGAACUGCCUGGUGGGUGAGAACAUGGUGGUGAAAAUUGCCGAUUUUGGCCUCUCCAGGAACAUCUAUUCAGCAGACUACUACAAAGCUAAUGAGAACGAUGCGAUCCCUAUCCGGUGGAUGCCACCUGAGUCCAUUUUCUUCAACCGCUACACCACUGAGUCUGACGUGUGGGCCUAUGGUGUGGUCCUGUGGGAGAUCUUCUCCUAUGGCCUGCAGCCCUACUAUGGGAUGGCCCACGAGGAGGUCAUUUACUACGUGCGAGAUGGCAACAUCCUCUCCUGCCCUGAGAAUUGCCCCCUGGAGCUGUACAAUCUAAUGCGUCUGUGUUGGAGCAAGCUGCCUGCCGACAGACCCAGCUUCGCCAGUAUUCACCGAAUUCUGGAACGCAUGUGCGAGAGGGCAGAUGGAACUGUGAGUGUCUAAGGUGGAAGAUGUGCAAAUAAAACACUGCCGUUUCCUCUCAGACUCUGGGAGCCAGAGGAACACAGUGCCAGAGGCCCAACAAGACCUAGGUAGAAAGAACAAUAGUAGACAUGAGUAGCGUGUCAUUUGUUUCUUAGGAAAAACAAAAACUGCGCAGAACUCAGAUAGGAGGUCAAUCUAUUGAAAGUUAAUGAUUGGAAACACAGGCUAGGAAUAUGUCAGAUAACCAGAGAUAACUACUCUUCCUCAUGGGGAAAGUUUGUAUUACAUAUUGUACAGGAAAGAAUGUCAUCUGCUCUGUUCCUGAAUUAGCUGGCAGCAGUGUAUUACAUUUUAAUACUCUGCUGUAUUACAUUUUAAUAUGAAAUGUGAUACAGAGCUUCAUUUUUAGUAGAGCUAAUUCCUGUCCAUUCUGGGAGUAGUGUAUCUUCAUGUAUGAUAUUUAAAUAAAACAGAAAACUAAAAAGAAAAACACAUUCAUUGUCUCCCCACCCAAAGAUGGAUGUUUGGUUUUUUUAUUCAAUUUCUUUCUUGCACUUAAUGCAUACUUUGAUAUUUGUCUGUGACCUACAGAGUUAUGGUUUACUUUAUUGAU